UCAUGUGACCGCUUUUUUCUUCAAAAAGUGAUUACAAAAUGGACGACGAUGGUGCCGUCUGCAGGACCACCAUAGAAGUAGAAGCGGUGGUGGUGGAGCGGCCGAUCAUGUCAUAUUUGAAGCUCUCGCCUGACAUGGAUGAUUGCGAUCCUAACGGAGAAGACUUGUUUGUUCCUCCUCUGAACUUCGCCAUGGUUGAUAACGGUAUUUACAGGUCUGGUUUCCCGGAUAUCGCCAACUUCGCAUUCUUACAAUCAUUAGGUCUCCGUUCUAUCAUAUACUUGUGUCAGGAACCGUAUCCGGAGGCAAAUUCUCAGUUUGUCAAGUCUAACGGAAUUCAGCUGUUUCAAUUCGGGAUUGAGAGCUGUAAGGAACCUUUUGUGAAUAUACCGGAAGAUAUUAUUAGGGAAGCUCUGAACUUUGUGAUUGAUGCCAAGAAUCAUCCAGUUUUGAUCCAUUGCAAACGAGGAAAGCACCGAACCGGUUGUUUAGUUGGGUGUUUAAGAAAAUUGCAAAGGUGGUGCUUAUCUUCUGUCUUUGAUGAGUACCAGCGCUUUGCAGCUGCUAAAACUAGAAUUUCAGAUCAGAGGUUCAUGGAGUUGUUUGAUGUUUCUAGCUUCAAGCACUCGUCAUUAUCUUUUUCGUUCCUGAAGAGGCAUUAAUUAGAUGAUCAUUUCCUGGAAUCAAAUUUUGUUUUUGGCUCUUGGAAUACAAUUUAGCAAAAACUAGAUGUAAUGAAAUUUGACAUCUUGCAGUAAUAAUAAUGCAUAUACAUUUAGAGCUCAAACUUCA